UUUUUAAAUGAUUAUUAUUUGUUUUAUUGUAAAAUUUGCAUAUUAAAAUUUAUUUUUGAUGGAACAUUUGUCUUUUUCUCUCUCACAUCUCUAUACCCAAUUUCUACUUUCUGUAAGGCAAAGUAAUUUCUAUCUUUUCGAGACGUGUCAUGUCUCAUAGAUAACGAUAUAGGAACACGUUUACAAAUCAUUUAAAAUCGUGUUCCUAUUUAAUGAAAAAAUAAACUUACGCGUAAUAAUAAUAAGAAAAAUAAGAAAAACCGAUUUAUCGAUAAAUGGGAAACAGUUAUAACAGGCUUUUGUAGUUGGCUCUCUACACAAUUCUUCAGUGCAUGAGUUACAUCCUACACCGUUUACUUUACAAGUUAUAUUAGAUUUGUGCAGAUAUAUGUGUAACAUGCACUGACGUGUCUUGGGUAAAGCAUUAAUUUUAUUGAAAAAUUUGCAAUUUUCCGAUAUUUUUCUCGAUCAAUAAUCAGCAAUGCAUGAGUAAUGAUAUAUGUGUGUAUAUUAAAUUGAUGUGAAAAACAUGGAUCGGAUGGGCGAAUAUUUUGAACUCUCUACUAAAUAACCGGGCAAAAGCGUUUAAUUCGUAAUAUUUUAUGAGGAAAAUUGAUUCCCAAUAGAAAUCCGAUUUGUUGCUUAAUCGGAACAAAUUUGAAUUAUAGUAGUCCUAGUAGUCUUGACCACUAAACCAUAUACUAUUGCAUCGAAAAAGUAAGACCAAUUUAAUUUUUGUUACUUUUUAAAUAAAUCUAUAUAUUUUUUUAAAACUAUGACGUCGCCUUCAAAGUAAUCCUGAAAUUCAAAUAAUAUUCCAUGUUGUUGUGGACUAAGGGAAUUGUAGUGCGGAACGAUAAUCUACGAUAAUCGAAGAAAAUUGUUAAGAUCAUUUUGUUAGUUGCUGAGCGGCUUCGCUGUAAUGUUUUCGAUUUUGGCUGCACCUCCUGCACGAUACUUGGGCGCGAUUAAGCGUUUAUCUUGGCAAUUUCUUCGCUCAACGAAAUCGAAAAAAAAAAAAACAUUUUACGUCGAACCCAGUGCAGUUGAAAUAUUCAUGAUGUUUAUGAUGUCGAUGUCUGUCGCAGUGCUACCAAUUUUGUUAAAAGAAAUAUUCGUGAUAUUCCAGGUACCCGCGCAAUUCAACUUGAAUAUUGAUCUUACUUUUUGUUUACAGUAUUACGUGUCUUUAUGUGUAAACGAAAGUAUCGAAAGUAUUUUUGCAUCGUCACGGAACAAUUGUAUGAACAAUUGCAAUUGUACGCAACGUGGCGUGGGCCCUUUCGCGGCUCUAAUGCGUUUUUACUAAUAUUUGCGAAGACCGAAGAUUAUCGAAAUUGCGUCAUCGAAAUUAACCAAAAUUAUAUUCGGAAGGAUUUUUCGCACCACCCAGGGGGGCUAAAGAAUUGAGCUAUAAUCGAACACUUACAAAUACUGGUUUCAAUGAAAAGUAAUUCGUUGCAAACCAACAACACUGAUAAUAAAGUGCAUUGAUCUCAGUGUGCCUCUGACUAACUUUACAUUCAUAGACAUUGACAUUUUUUAUUGCCAUUCGGUUGCAUACAAAAAUACAUUUAAAAAAUAUAUUUAACUCAAAAACAAUUUACUUAUAGUUAUGUAAAUGGUUAAUAGGUAAAUAAUUACGCAAUUAGUAGGUUGAUCCCGCGACGAUAGAAUUAUAUAUCGACAAGCGACAAAAUCGUAGGCUAAUUGAUCUCUUUGAAAUGGGCCUAGUAGGCGGAGGCGGGGCGGAAUAACGGUUGAAAUGCUUUUCUUAUGUGAAAGUCUUUUCAAGGAUUGGACCUUUCUUCCACCCACGAAAGAAAAGCUCUUAAGGUCGCAGAGUAUUUGCUAUUUGUCAGGCUCUUAUAGGUCUUACCUCGCUAUCAGCCUCUACCGAAGGAUAAGUGUGCAUUAAUUUCAUCGGCAUGUUUGUAACAAAGCGUACAAAUUCCAAUUAGAGCCUCUUCACCAUUAUUUAAUAGGUAUUGGAUUCAUGGGCGAUUUUUUGUUCGAUUUCACUGCAAUAAAACACCACUUGACAAAACACUUGACGCGUGCAUUCUUCAAACCUUGUUCAACGAUAGAUCAUCAAUUUUGAGAAGUGACGUGGCUGAGCCGUGACGUUUUAAAAGAAGCGCAAACAUCUUGAAAAUUUUCAAAUAAUCGAUGUGAAUGAACUUUUAUUCGAAUAGGCGAAUUAAUCGGGAGUGUACGGAAAAGUCGAUAUGCGAGUACGUAGCUGCGCGUAGAGAAAGAAAAACUGAAAUUUGAAAGUACACUCGAUUACAAGGCGACACUUUAAACGUAAGCUCCCUCCGAUGAAGGUCCAAGUCCAUAUAUCGCUUUUUUUUGCUUACGAAUGUCAAGCUUUUCCCAUCAUUGGUACUGUGUGUUUGUUAGUAAAGCUUGCAUAAGUUUUGGAUACACGCAUGUGUUUGUAUUCAUAAGCUUAUAAGCUUUUCUUGUGCUCCUUUUUUUCUUUUUUUUUUUUUCUUUUUCUUUUUCUUAUAUUUUGCAAUGACGUCGAACAACAGUUACUAAUAGUUACAUGUACUGAAAUUCAUUCAUAACUUGAAGCGUUGAGUCGCUCGUCUAGAAAACGUUACAUCUAGUUAACGUUGCAUUAGCGGUUAUUUGACUCGAUACAUUUUCAUUAAUUAAUUUAAAUGCACUGUUUUUUUUUUUUUCAUUAUUUUUAUUUUUUACUGCUUGAUGAGAAUUAUUUCUGAAGAAACAUGUCAGUCAACAAUUUACCGCAAAACCAUUAACAACGCGAAAGUAUUUUACUGAAGACUUACAUUUUUUGCAAAGAUCAAUAAGAAUAAUUUUAACAUUUUAUAAUAAAAACCCAUUCUCAUGUACGCACGAAAUAUUAGGUGAAGAAAGAGAAUUAAUAAAAAACUAUUUUUAAGGCAUUAUAGAAUAACGAAGAGAAGACGAAAUAAAUAAGCAAGCGGUAAACUCGUUCUAUACACCCAACGUCCAGGUCGUAGAAGGAUACAAUAGAGAAUUACGAGAGAAUUUUUACACGAAAAGCAUCGCAGUUGGGAUGGAAUUGAAACCUUGUUUACGGGAGCAGUUAGACGUUGAGUUUCAAGAUGUCUUCUAUAGCGUGAAAAUCUUUAAAAAUUACGUUCAAACAAUUGGUAAACUUGAUAUAUUGCAGGGUGUAAGCGGUAGAUUUGGUCAUGGGAAAUUAUCAGCUAUUAUGGGUAGCUCCGGUGCUGGGAAAUCGAGUCUGUUAAAUGCUUUAUCUGGUUACGUUACUAUUGGAGUUUCAGGCGAUAUAAUAUGCGAUCGUAAGAAUAUUUGCUAUAUAGUUCAAGAGGAUGAGCAUGGAGAGAAUUUUACGGUAGGGGAACUUAUGAAUUUGGCCUGCGAUCUUAGAUUGGGACGAAAGCAGCGAUCAGAAAAACGGGAAAUAAUUAAUAAAAUUCUUAUCAAGUUGAAUAUGAAUCAUCGAGUCGACGUUAAACCGCAUAAACUUAGUGGCGGCGAAAGGAAACGCCUUUCGAUUGCUUUAGAGUUGGUGGCAAAUCCGAAAAUACUAUUUUUAGAUGAACCAAUAAGCGGUUUAGAUGAGGUUACUGCCAGACAAUGCAUUCAAUUGCUAAGCAAUUUAGCGAAAGAAGGUCACACAAUAGUGUGCACUCUUCAUCAGCCCUCGAUGACUACAUUCAAUUAUUUCGAUAGUGUUUAUGUACUGGGCAAAGGGCAAUGCAUUUACCAGGGUUCACCUCGCUCUCUAAUACCAUUCCUUCAGCAUAUUCAACGUGAAUGCCCAAUACAGUAUAGUCCGCCCGAUUAUAUUAUUGAGCUUUGCGAUUUUGAAGGGGAGAAAAUAAUUCGUUUGAUGAGCGAAGCUAUGGGAAAUGGAAAAUAUAUUUAUUAUGAUGAUAGUAUUCAAAUGCCUUUUAGGCAAACGAUUGCUGAACAAACUGCAUUAGAGGAUUCAGGUUUUACACUAAGAAAUGAAAAAAUUUCAGGAUUUUAUCAAUUCAAAAUUCUGUUUGCCUUCAUGAUCUUGAAAAUUAUGCGCGCUCGUGUAUCACUUUUAUUGCAAUUCGUGCAUCAUAGUUCGGUUGGAAUAUUUAUGGGUUUAAUAAUUUGGAAUAAGGGCAACGAAGGCGCAUUAAUGUAUGAACAUAUGAAGUUUUGCGUUAUCAAUAUCUUUAUGGUGGCGUACACUCAAAUAAUUAUUCCGGUAUUGGGUUAUCCCACUGAGGUGAAACUUCUGAAAAAGGAAACUUUUAAUCAUUGGUACACUUUGCCACCAUAUUACGCUGCCUUUUGUUUAAGUCGAGUUCCAUUACAGAUAUUUUUAAAUGUCAUGUAUCUGGGGACAACUUACACAAUGUAUGGCCUUCCCAUGCAAUGGUCUCGUUUCAUUCUAUUCGUGUUAGCGGUUCAGAUGACCUCGUUUGUAGCUGAAGGCAUCGGCUUAACAAUAGCAUCUAUAUUUAAUGUUAUUAACGGCACAGUCGUGGGCCCAGUCACAAUUGCAACGUUUCUUGGAACUGCCAUAUAUGGUUUCGAUUUUGUUUCGAGAAUCCCUAAGAUUGUGGAUAUCCUUCUAACAUUUACUUUUAUGCGCGUUGGUUGCAAAGCUUUAAUCUUCACAUUGUUCGGUUUUGGACGCGAGAAGCUGGAUUGCGACGACUACUUUUGUCAUUUCAGUGAUCCCCGCGUAUUACUCAAGUUCGUCGGUCUGCACAAGACUUCAUUCCAAGAACAAAUCUUUCUGUUAUUGAUCAUGGUUAUAUUUUUUAGAAUUCUAUUUUAUUUAGGCUUACGUAGACGAUGCAAAACAUGAAAAAUAGAAUAAGAAAUUUUCCUGCAUUAUUUAACAUUAGUUAGCCCACAAAUUAAGAGUGUAUUUUUUAAACUUGCCUACAUAGUAUGAAUAAAGGAUUAUAUAAACACAAA